AUUAAAAAGAAAAGAGGAGACCAGAGAGAGAGAGAGAGAGAGAGAGACAGCAGUGUAAACGAAAAAGAAAAAAAUCGAGUGCAAGCUUUAGCGAAAGCUCUAAAAGCUCGAGCAACGAAACAACAAUGGCGGACUACCACUUCGUGUACAAGGACGUGGAGGGCGCGUCGACGCAGUGGGACGACUUACAACGAAAGUUCGGGAAUUUGCCGCCGAAACCCCCAGCGUUCAAGCCCCCACCCUUCACGCCCGCCCCGGGCGAGUCCUCUAUACCCAAGGACAAGUCUUGGAUCGAUGAGAAAACCGAAGAGGAGCUCGAGGACCUCCAGGACGACCCCGAUCUCGACGACGAUCGCUUCCUCGAAGAGUACAGGAAAAAGAGGUUGGUGGAGAUGAGGGAAGCAGCUAAGGUUGCGAAGUUUGGAUCCGUGAUAUCGAUUACAGGAUCAGACUUCGUGCGAGAGGUUUCGCAAGCUCCACCUGAUGUUUGGGUUGUUGUGAUCCUCUACAAAGAAGGAAUCCCAGAAUGUGCACUGCUAAUGCAAUGUUUGGAAGAAUUGGCGACAAAAUACCCGGCCACGAAAUUUGUUAAGAUAAUAUCUACCGACUGCAUCCCCAACUACCCGGACCGUAAUAUUCCUACUCUGUUAGUGUACAACAAUGGUGCAGUGAAAGCAAAUUACGUUGGCUUGCAUAGUUUUGGCCGGAGAUGCACACCUGAAGGUGUUGCAUUAGUUCUCUGCCACUCAGAUCCCGUACUUGAUGAUGGCCAGAGUGGGAGUGAUCCGUCAAGAAAAGCUGUGAUAGAAGGAGUUCGCAAGAGGCUCAUAGAGAAAGUAGUGAAAGAGCAUGAAGAUGAUGAUGGAUCUUCGAGUGAUUAAAAUCUUUGUAAUUUCUUUCAGGUUUUUUUUAGCAGGAAAGGACAAGUGUUCAUUGAAGAUAAAGGAAUGCUCACUUGCUUUCCUUCUGCCUGCACACCUCUGGUUUUUCUUGCUGCUUGUACACCUUUUUCUGUUUUUCUCGUCAUCUGUGAUACUAAGAUGUUUGUUCCUGAGGUAUGACCUUGUUUUUAUGUAGACCCCAACUCAAGUUUGAAUACUUCUCAUGGGAUGAUGUACUAUUUUUUGAGGUGAAGGUUCAUUUCCUA